AUGCCUAUAGACUAUAGCAAAUGGGACAAUCUGGAGCUCAGCGACGACUCCGAUGUCGAGGUCCAUCCCAACGUCGAUAAACGCUCCUUCAUCCGCGCGAAACAGAACCAGAUCCACGCAGAGCGUCAACAGCGCCGUCAUCAGAUCGAGACCCUGAAAUACGAGCGUCAGAUCAACGAUGGGUUAAUGAAGCGCAUUUCUGGCCUCCUGGCUGCCCUGAACUCCCACGCCGCCGAAGCCGAAACUCGAAACCCGGCCGAGGUCGCCUUCCAAGCUGUGAUGGAGUCGGCUGGUAACCCAGCGGAUGACAAGCCUCCUGCCCGACCCGAAGGUGUCCAUGCUGAAGUCGAACAGCCGCCCUCGUACACCAAGAUGAUGGCGGCACUGCUGGAUCAGGUGAACAAGACACUGGACGAGAAGAAGCCUGAAAACCGCUACAGUGCCAUGGUCGAGGAGAUCGGUACCCAUUUGAACCAAGUGCAAGACCUACAGAAGCAGCUUUUCGCGAAGCUAGCCGAGUUGGAGAAGCUCGAAGGUAGCAAGAUCACGAGCGAGAGCUACAGUACCGGUUUCAACAGCUCGUCCGUCCCCAAAGCUGAACCGGCUGCUCCCGCCGAGACCAAGAAAAAUGACGGCAAGCUAGAGCUUCUGAACCCGAACUUCUCGUCGGCCAACCCCGGUGAAUCCAAGGGCGCAUCGACUCCUGAUCCAGACAACGACGAGAUAGAGGCCUCUGCCGAUGCUCGUAAGUUUGCCAACAUCAAGGCCGCCGACUACCGAGAAAGCCAUGCUUUCAUUGCUUCCCACCCGGGCGUUUUGGCCGAGAAGGAGACAGACGGUAUCCUGGUGAUGGCCUUCGAUGCACAAUUGGAAAACAAGGACGAAUUUGCACGCAAUUACGUACACCAAGCGCUCCUGCUGCAAUACUGCCGUUCACUAGGCAAGGACGGUGCUGCCCUGUUCUUCAAGCGCAUCACUACCAAGGGCCACCAAGCGCAAGAGGUCUUCUACAAGGACGUUCAAGACACGUACUACCGGAUCAAGACCCGGGCACGGGAGAUCAAUGCCGAGCGGGCGGCCGAAGGUGAUUCCGGCGGAGAUGUCGAGCAGAUUCAGUUGCACGCUGUCGAUCCCGGGACUGAGAUCAAGAUCCGGGUCCCGCCCGAGAAGAGCGAGGACGAAGCUGAAAAGAAAGGGCGAGAGAUAUUUGAGGGUUUCACCCCAGAAAUGCAAAAGGCUCUGGAAUCCGGAAGCCUGGACAAGGUCAACGAGGUACUGGGUAGGAUGAAGGUACCCGAUGCCGAGGACGUUGUGGGUCUACUGGGCGAGGCCGGCAUCUUGAGUUUGGAAGAACAGAUAAUAGAUGCCACCACGGCCGAAGGCCAGAAGCAAAUCAAGGAGUUGGAGGAGCAAGCCGCGAUGGACUCGUAUGCCGAUGAUCCCGAGUAA